AUGCACCUGGAUGAGGCAGAGUUUGUUGAUAUGGGCCCAGGAAGUAGGGAUUCUGAAUUUAAUGCUGCAGCUCACCGAGUAAAGAAAGGUUUUAAUAGUUUAUUUGGCUGGUUGGCAGAAGUAUGGCCCAAAAUAUGGCCCAUUGUGAAUGAGCUAGAGUUGCCUGAUAAUCCAUGGUUUACUAUUAAUGAAGGGACUCAGAGGCUUAGGGAAAUGGGAAUGGUAGAUUGGCUCUCUCAUGUUAAACCUAAUCCUCCACAUUGGGAUGAUCCAAAAAAUAUACCCUUCACUAACACUUUGAGAAACAGAUUUGUGAGGGGAGCACCAGCAUUCCUCGAGAGCUCUGUCAUUGCUCUUCUCUGUAUGCCAGACCUUACAGUGGGUGCUGCGGUUACUCAAUUAGAAAAUUUAAGGUCAAUGGGCUUGACUGGACCCUGGAGUAGAAGAGGUCAAGUGGCAGCACUUAAUCAUCAAAGGCCGGGUCCACGCACUUACUAUAAUGGACAGCAGAAGCAGAACAAUGAUGAGAAUAAUCUGACAAGUGCAGACCUAUGGUAUUGGCUAAUUAGCCACGCUGUUCCCAGAAGUGAAAUACAUAGGAAACCUACAAAAUUUCUACUAGAUUUAUAUAAUCAAAAAAAUUUCAAGGCAAAAGAACAGAAACCUACUUCAAAGCGUGGCCAGGUCCCCUUGGGGAAGGAUCCUGAUGCCCCCAAAAUUUAUACAGUUAGACUUUCUCCCAUCCUUCCCCAAAGGGACCUAAGGCCCUUUGCUCGAGUGACUAUACAUUGGGGAAAGGGGGAUGAUCAGACAUUUCAGGGACUACUAGACACUGGUUCUGAACUAACACUGAUUCCAGGGGAUCCAAAACAUCACUGUGGCCCUCCAGUAAGAGUAGAGACCUAUGGAGGUCAGGUGAUCAAUGGAGUUUUAGCAAAAGUCUGACUCACAGUGGGUCCAAUAGGUCCUUGGAUCCAUCCUGUAGUCAUUUCCCCUGCUCGAGAAUGUAUAAUUGGGAUAGAUGUACUUAGUACUUGGCAGAAUCUUCACAUUCGUUCCUUAACCUAUAGUGUGAGGGCUAUUAUGGUUGGGAAGGCCAAAUGGAAGCCAUUAGAGCUGCCUUUUUCUGGUAAAAUAGUAAACCAAAAGCAAUAUUGCAACCCUGGAGGGAUUUCAGAGAUUAGUGCCACCAUCAAGGACUUGAAGAAUGCAGGGGUGGUGGUCCCCAGCACAUCUCCAUUUAAUUCUCCAAUUUGGCCUGUACAGAAGACAGAUGGGUCUUGUACAGUGAUGGUGGAUUACCAUAAACUGAAUCAAGUGGUGACUCCAAUUGCUGCGGCGGUACCAGAUGUGGUUUCCUUGCUUGAGCAGAUUAAUACAUCUCCUGGAGGUUGGUAUGCAGCUAUUGUUUGGGCAAAUGCCUUCUUCUCCAUACCUAUCCAUAAAGAUCAUCAGAAACAAUUUGCCUUCAGCUGGCAAGGCCAACAAUACACCUUCACUGUCUUCCCUCAGGGGUACAUUAACUCACCAGCCCUGUGUCACAACUUAGUUUGCAGGGAUCUUGCUCGCUUUUCUCUCCCACAAGACAACACAUUGGUCCAUUAUAUUGAUGAUGUUAUGCUGAUUGGGCCCAGUGAGCAGAAGGUAGCAACCACUCUGGAUUUGUUAGUAAGCCAUUUGAGAGCCAGAGGAUGGGAAAGAAAUCCAACAAAAAUUCAACGUCCUUCUACUUCACUGAAGUUCCUAGGAGUCCAGUUGUUUGGAACAUGUAGAGAUAUUCCUUCUAAGGUAAAAGACAAGUUGUUGCAUCUGGCUUCCCCUAUGACCAAAAAGGAGGCACAACGCCUAGUGGGCCUAUUUGGAUUUUGGAGGCAACACAUUUCUUACUUAGGUGAUUUACUCUGGCCCAUUUACCAAGUGACUCGGAAAGCUGCUAAUUUUGAGUGGGGCCCAGAACAGGAAAAGGCCCUGCAACAGGUCCAGGCUGCUGUUCAGGCUGCUCUGCCACUGGGGCCAUAUGAUCCAGCAGAUCCCAUGGUGCUUGAAGUGUCAGUGGUAGAUAGAGAUGCUGUUUGGAGUCUCUGGAAGGCCCCCAUAGGUGAAUUGCAGCAGAGGCCUUUAGGAUUUUGGAGCGAGGCUCUUCCAUCAUCUGCACACAACUACUCUCCCUUUGAAAAACAGCUCAUGACCUGUUACUGGGCCUUAGUGGAAACUGAACACUUGACUAUGAGACACCAGAUCAUCAUGUAACCUGAGUUGCCUAUCAUGCCCUGGGUAUUAUCUGAUCCACCAAGUCAUAAAGUUGGACAUGCACAGCAACAGUCUAUCAUUAAAUGGAAAUGGUAUAUUCGUGAUCUAGCCAGGGCAGGCCCAGAGGGUACAAGUAAACCACAUGAGGAAGUUGCCCAGAUGCCUAUGGCUCUUACACCUACUGUACUGCCUUCUGUUUCCCAGCAUGCACCUAUGGCCUUGUGGGGUGUGCCAUAUGAUGAGCUAUCAGAAGAGGCGAAGGCUAGGGCCUGGUUUAUGGAUGGCUCUGCAUGCUAUGCAGGCACCACCCGCAAGUGGACAGCUGCAGCAUUACAGCUCCUUUCUGGGACAUCCCUGAAGGACAGUAGUGAAGGGAAAUCUUCACAGUGGGUAGAACUUAGGGCAGUGCACUUCGCAGUACAUUUCACCUGGAGGAAGAAGUGGCCAGAUGUGCGACUGUACACUGCCUCAAAGGCCAUAGCAAAUGGUCUGGCAGGAUGGUCAGGAGCUUGGAAGGAACAUAAUUGGAAAAUCUGUGACAAAGAUAUUUGGGGAAGAGGUAUGUGGAUAGACCUCUCCACGUGGGCAAAGGAUGUCAAAAUAUUUGUUUCCCGUGUAAAUGCUCACCAAAAGGUGACAUCAGCAGAAGAGGACUUCAAUAAUCAAGCGGAUAAGACCUGGUCUGUGGAUAGUGGCCAGCCUCCUUCUUCAGCCAUCCUUGUCAUUGCCCGAUGGGCUUAUGAACAGAGUGGUCAUGGUGGCAGGAAUGGAGGUUAUACAUGGGCUCAGCAACAUGGACUCCCACUCAACAAGGCUGAUCUGGCUACAGCCACUGCUGAAUGCCUAACAUGCCAGCAGCAGAGGCCAACACUGAGUCCCUGGUAUGGCACCAUUCCCCGUGGUGAUCAACCUGCAAGCUGGUGGCAGUUUGAUUAUAUUGGACCACUUCCAUCAUGGAAGGGACUAUACUUUGUCCUCACUGGUAUAGACACAUAUUCUGGAUAUGGAUUUGCCUUUGCUUGUAAUGCUUCUGCCAAAACUACCAUCUGUGGACUCACAGAAUACCUUAUCCACUGUCAUGGGAUUCCACAUAGCAUUGCCUCUGACCAAGGAACACAUUUUACAGCCAAAGAAGUGAGGAAAUGGGCCCAUGCUCAUGGACUUCACUGGUCUUAUCAUGUUGUUCACCAUUCAGAAGCAGCUGGAUUAAUUGAAAGAUGGAAUGGUCUUUUGAAGACACAAUUACAGUGCUAGCUAGGUGGCAAUAGCUUGCAGGGCUGGGGUAAGGUGCUUCAAAAGGCUGUAUAUGCUUUGAAUCAGCAUCCACUAUAUGGCACUGUGUCUCCCAUUGGCAGGAUUCAUGGGUCCAGGAAUCAAGGGGUGAUAGUAGGAAUGGUACCACUCACCAUUACCCCUAGUGAUCCACUAGAAAAAUUUUUGCUUCCUGUCCCCACGACCUUACUUUCUGCUGGCUUAGAAGUCUUAGUUCCCGCGGGGGGGGGGGGUGUUACACUAGGAGGCACAGCAAUGAUACCAUCGAACUGGAAGCUAAGAUUUCCCCCUGGUCAUUUUGGUCUCCUCAUGCCUUUGAGGAAACAAGUUAAAAAGGAAAUCAUAGCAUUGUCAGCGGUGAUUGACGCAGACUAUCAGGGGGAAACUGGACUACUACUCCACAAUGGAGGAAAAAAAGAAUACACAUGGAGUGCAGGAGAUCCCGUAGGGCGCCUCUUAAUAUUACCUUGCCCUAUUAUUAAAGUCAAUGGAAAACUACAACAACCUAAUACAGGCACAAUGACAAAUGCUCCAGAGCCUUCAGGAAUGAAGGUGUGGGUCACUCCACCAGGAAAAGAACCAAGACCUGCUGAGGUGCUUGCUGAAGGUCAAGGGAAUACAGAAUGGGUAGAGGAAGAAUGUAUUUCUAAAUACCAGCUAUGACCCCAUGACCAGCUAAAGAAAAGAGGAUUAUAA